AUGCCAGCAGUCUUCCUCUUGCUGCGCUCCCUGCUUAUCAGGCUCUUCAGUAGCAGACUGGCCGGCUCGGUGGCUCAGUUCCUCCGGAGAACCCUCUCAACGGGCGCUGCCCACCUCGGCACAGCCCUGCGCCACAUCUGGGACCGGGUCCGAUCCCAGGAGUCCAAGGAAGCCGUCCUGGGCUGCGUGCUGUGCAUUCUCAACAUGCACAAGAAGGUGGAGAACUGA